UUCUCCGCGCCGCCAAACCGGUUUUCUUCCUGGUGGCGUUCGGGCUUAAUACAGCUUUGGCGAGGUCGGAUGACGGGUGGGAGCCAGCGGUGGAAGGGGUGGCGAAAGUACCGGUUUGCCCCAGGCCGCCGAGGGGCCUCCUUAGAGAGACCUUGCCUGCUCCGCUCGCGUCCGCCGGGGCCGCGCGGGUCCUCCUGGCGCCGCCAGGUUCAAAAAGCCACUCGAGUUGUCACUGCGACGGCCCUGGGCCAGGAGCCGUUUCGGGAUCUGUCAAACAACGAGUUUUCGUCGUUCGAAUCAGGUUGACUGUGGUCCUUCAUCCCCCCAAUCUCCUGUACCUGGCGAGUCCAGCUCGUCGCGGAUACCAUUAACCCUGGAUAAAGAGAAUGGAGGUUACCUCUGUCCGUGUAGAUUCCUAAGCUGUCCUGGAGUGAUCCUUGGAGUAAAGGAAAGGUGCUUUGAAGCACAUUUAGCCAUCAGCCCUGUGGGAUGGCAGCCACUGAUUUGUCCUAUGGUCUUUACAGGGACCCAGUCUGCCUUCAAGAAAAGACAGUAGAAAGGGUGGUGGCUGACUGUCUGACAAAUUGUUAUCAGGUAUGCAGGAAGUGUAUCCUUUUCCAAAAUAUCAUACUUGCAUCACCAGGUAGACACAUUUCCUUCUACACAGAAUUAUCUUCAGAGCUUCUUAAAGCAAAUAAAGCUUCCUUCAAGGACUGAGUCCCUAGUCGAAUUCCCGGAAGGAGUGGAGCCUGUCGUAUUGGUGAGGGUUUGCCUUGAAUGUCAUCCCAGUAUUUCAAUAUUGAUUAAUUAGUCUUCCCUCAUGGUCCCAACUGCAUAAUUUUUAUUUUGUUGAGUGUUCUGACACAUGGUAAGGGACAUGAAAGUAUCCUUUGAGAUAAUCUAUCCAUUCAUCAGUGUUUAUCUAGCAUCUGCUCAAGAGUGUGCUGCAGUGGAGGGAAAUCAGAUGACCUCCCAGUCUGGUUGUGUUAGAUACGAUCAUGUGUAAGAAGUGCCAUUCAAGCCGUGUCACUGGAGGGGACUGACAGUGAGAUUCAGUGACUUUUGAUGAUCUGGCUGUGGACUUCACCCCAGAAGAAUGGACUUUACUGGACCCAACUCAGAGAAACCUCUACAGAGAUGUGAUGCUGGAGAACUACAAGAAUUUGGCCACAGUAGGAUAUCAGCUCUUCAAACCCAGUCUGAUCUCUUGGCUGGAACAAGAAGAGUCUAGGACAGUGCAGAGAGGUGAUUUCCAAGCUUCAGAAUGGAAAGUGCAACUUAAAACCAAAGAGUUAGCCCUUCAGCAGGAUGUUUUGGGGGAGCCAACCUCCAGUGGGAUUCAAAUGAUAGGAAGCCACAACGGAGGGGAGGUCAGUGAUGUUAAGCAAUGUGGUGAUGUCUCCAGUGAACACUCAUGCCUUAAGACACAUGUGAGAACUCAAAAUAGUGAGAACACAUUUGAGUGUCAUCUGUAUGGAGUAGACUUCCUUACUCUGCACAAGAAAACCUCUACUGGAGAGCAACGUUCUGUAUUUAGUCAGCGUGGAAAAGCCUUCAGCCUGAACCCAGAUGUUGUUUGCCAGAGAACGUGCACAGGAGAGAAAGCUUUUGAUUGCAGUGACUCUGGGAAAUCCUUCAUUAAUCAUUCACACCUUCAGGGACAUUUAAGAACUCACAAUGGAGAAAGUCUCCAUGAAUGGAAGGAAUGUGGGAGAGGCUUUAUUCACUCCACAGACCUUGCUGUGCAUAUACAAACUCACAGGUCAGAAAAACCCUACAAAUGUAAGGAAUGUGGAAAAGGAUUUAGAUAUUCUGCAUACCUUAAUAUUCACAUGGGAACCCACACUGGAGACAAUCCCUAUGAGUGUAAGGAGUGUGGGAAAGCCUUCACCAGGUCUUGUCAACUUACUCAGCACAGAAAAACUCACACUGGAGAGAAACCUUAUAAAUGUAAGGAUUGUGGGAGAGCCUUCACUGUUUCCUCUUGCUUAAGUCAACAUAUGAAAAUCCAUGUGGGUGAGAAGCCUUAUGAAUGCAAGGAAUGUGGGAUAGCCUUCACUAGAUCUUCUCAACUUACUGAACAUUUAAAAACUCACACUGCAAAGGAUCCCUUUGAAUGUAAGAUAUGUGGAAAAUCCUUUAGAAAUUCCUCAUGCCUCAGUGAUCACUUUCGAAUUCACACUGGAAUAAAACCCUAUAAAUGUAAGGAUUGUGGGAAAGCCUUCACUCAGAAUUCAGACCUUACUAAGCAUGCACGAACUCACAGUGGAGAGAGGCCCUAUGAAUGUAAGGAAUGUGGAAAGGCCUUUGCCAGAUCCUCUCGCCUUAGUGAACAUACAAGAACUCACACUGGAGAGAAGCCUUUUGAAUGUGUCAAAUGUGGGAAAGCCUUUGCUAUUUCUUCAAAUCUUAGUGGACAUUUGAGAAUUCACACUGGAGAGAAGCCCUUUGAGUGCCUGGAAUGUGGUAAAGCAUUUACGCAUUCCUCCAGUCUUAAUAAUCACAUGCGGACCCACAGUGCCAAAAAACCAUUCACGUGUAUGGAAUGUGGCAAAGCCUUUAAGUUUCCCACGUGUGUUAACCUUCACAUGCGGAUCCACACUGGAGAAAAACCCUACAAAUGUAAACAGUGUGGGAAAUCCUUCAGUUACUCCAAUUCGUUUCAGUUACAUGAACGAACUCACACUGGAGAGAAACCCUAUGAAUGUAAGGAGUGUGGGAAAGCCUUCAGUUCUUCCAGUUCCUUUCGAAAUCAUGAAAGAAGGCAUGCGGAUGAGAGACUGUCAGCAUAAGGAAUGUGGGAAAACCUAAAGGUGUCCCUGUUCUCUCUGAAGACAUGAAAACUCACUGGGGAGAAACCCUAUGAAUGUAAAAAUGUGGAAGCAACUUUGUAUCUCAGGUCUUAAUGAACACAUAUGAAUUCACAGUGGAGAAGACCCUGCAUCAGGGAAUGUGGAAAUGACUUCGCUGAAUUCUCAAGCCUUACCAAACACAUCAGAAAUCUCACUGGAGAAAAACCGUAUGAAUGUAGAGAAUCUGGGAAUACCUUUCUGAAUCCCACAAACCUUAAUGUGUGUAUGUGAACUCACAUUGGAGAGAAACCCUGCAAUUUAAAUGGUAUGGUCUGGAUGAUGCACCACUCCAUAUUUGUAAGCCCUAAGUCCUAGUUCCUUACAUUAUAACUGUAUUUGGACAUAAGGUUUUCAAACAGGUGAGUAACUUCAAAUGAGGUUGUUGGGUUCGAUCCCUAAUCUGACAUCACUGGUGUCCCUAUAAGGGAAACUGAAGGAAGGAUACACAUGGAGAAGACUGUGUGGAUCCACCAGAAGAUGGCCAUCUACAAGCCAAGGACAGAGACCUGGAACAGAUGCUUUCAUUAUGGCCUCCAGAGGAAACCAACCCUGUCUCCACCUUGAUAUUGCACUUCUAGGCUCCAGAACUGUGAGGCAAUAAAUUUCUCUUGGUUAAAUCA